GUAAACGGGGAUUUCACAAACUGUGCAAAAUGGGAACGAAAAUCUCACUGGACAGCGACACCGUACGACGAUCCAUGGGUUCCUCUCCGUGAACACCCAAAACCAAACAACACAAACAUUAACCUUAACCAAACAAACCCUAAUUUUUGAUCUGCCCCUAAUUCAUUGUUCCCUUCUCAUCUAUUUCUAAAUUAAUUCUAGAUCAUUUUUUGCUGUAUUUCCCGAAUAAAAUCCCCCGAAUAACCUUCCUGCUACCCACUAAAUCCAUUUUUCUUUACAAUUUUUAUUCUGAGCAUUUGAUUGUCGCUUCUACCGCUUGUUUUUGUUAUCUUCAGCAGAUCAACUUUUUCUACUCUGCUCCAGCUUUGGAGGAUCCACAGUCUCUUUCUGAGUGGAUGGUUUAGUGUAUAUUUUUAAGAUACUGAUAUUAGAGUAUGGGCAGUAGUGAGAUGGAUAAAGCUCCAAAAGAGAAGGAGUCAAAGACGCCACCACCUAUGUCACAGGAGCAGUCUUCAACCACCGCUACUGGAACAAUUAAUCCUGAUUGGCCUGGAUUUCAGGCAUAUUCUCCUAUACCUCCACACAGUUUCUUGGCAUCAAGUCCACAGGCUCACCCUUAUAUGUGGGGUGUCCAGCAAUUUAUGCCUCCCUAUGGUACUCCACCACAUCCAUAUGUUGCAAUGUAUCCACCUGGUGGCAUUUAUGCUCAUCCAUCCAUGCCUCCGGGAUCUUAUCCUUUUAGCCCCUUUGCUAUGCCUUCUCCAAAUGGCAUUGCUGAGGCUUCAGGAAACACUCCUGGAAGCAUGGAAGCCGAUGGUAAGCCUCCUGAGGUGAAGGAAAAGUUGCCAAUCAAAAGAUCAAAAGGAAGUUUGGGUAGUUUGAAUAUGAUCACAGGGAAAAGUAAUGAACAUGGUAAAACAACGGGAACAUCUGCUAAUGGAAAUCAUUCAAAGAGUGGUGAUAGUGCAAGUGAAGGCGAAGGUACUAGUGAAGGAAGUGAUGCAAAUUCUCAAAAUGACUCUCAAUUGAAAUCAGGGGGCAGACAGGAUUCUUUUGAAGAUGAACCAUCUCAAAAUGGCACUUCAGCAUAUACUCCUCAAAAUGGGGGCCUAAGUGCACCUCCUACUGCGGUCAAUCAAACUCUGCCUAUCAUACCUAUCUCUGCAGGUGGUGCUCCUGGAGCUGUUCCUGGUCCCACAACAAACUUAAAUAUAGGAAUGGAUUAUUGGGGUACACCAGCUUCUUCCAACAUUCCUGCACUUGCUAGAAAGGUUCCAUCUACUGCAGUUGCUGGAUCACGGGAUAGUGUUCAAUCACAACUCUGGCUACAGGAUGAAAGAGAGCUUAAAAGGCAAAGGCGAAAGCAGUCUAACAGGGAAUCUGCUCGCAGAUCCAGGUUGCGUAAGCAGGCCGAGUGUGAUGAGUUAGCUCAGCGUGCUGAGGCUUUGAAGGAAGAAAAUGCUUCUCUCCGGUCAGAAGUUAGCCGAAUCAGGAGCGAUUAUGAGCAACUACUCUCCGAGAACACUGCUCUCAAGGAAAGGCUUGGGGAAUUACCUGCUAAUGAUGAUCAUCAAAGGUCUGGGAGGAGUGAUCAACAUGUGGGUAAUGAUGCUCAACAGAAUGGGCAGACAGAGGCUGUGCAGGGUGGUCACUAGCACCUACCAACCACAGCAUGCCACCUUUCACGGAGAUAAUCUAACUUAAUAGCAAGAGCAAGAUCUUGUUUCGGAUAGCUUGUAGUUCAAAUUGUAUUAAAGCUUACCAUUUUAUAGUGUUAAGAUAUGUUUAAUGUUAUAUGAUCCUUCAUUCCUAAUUUGCCUUCAUUUUUACUCAUUCAAAAACCUGGAUUGUAUGUAGUGUGUGAAUUCUGUGUCAUACCUUAUCUUUAGCUUAAAAGUUAGUGUUCGCAUUAAGCAAUAUAGUUAAUGAACGUGAGUUUGCCCAUUAUAUGAUCUUCUGUACAAGUAAUUUAUGGGGAAAAUAAAGAAAAGAGAAUCUUUGAAUUCUGUUUCA